AUCAACUGGCCUUAGUGCAAAGGUUGGAAUACAGCAAAGAAAUGAACCAUGAACAAAUUCUACCUCACAUACGCUGAACCCUGACCAUACCAACGGAUGCAGUACAGGAAAAAGACUGCAGCAUGGAUCAAGUUCUAACAGUACCUGUGCUAAUCGGGAUAUCUAUAGUGGUGAUCACGGUCCUCUUCCUCCUCCUAAAACCAGGAGGCUCCAAUGGAGGCCGAAAGCAGAGCAAGUUUCCCAAAACCUUGCAGGAUCCCAAUGUGAAAUAUCCAUUGCCACUCAUAGAAAAAGAGGAAAUCACUCAUGACACGAAAAAAUUCCGGUUUGGUCUUCCGUCCUCUUCUCACGUUCUUGGUCUCCCUCUUGGUCAGCAUGUUUACCUGUCUGCAAAGGUGAAUGGGAAUCUGGUUAUUCGUGCAUACACACCUGUGUCCAGCGAUGAGGACCAGGGAUACGUUGAUCUAGUUGUAAAGGUCUACUAUAAAAAUACUCAUCCAAACUAUCCCGAUGGAGGCAAGAUGUCUCAGUACUUGAAUGAUAUGAAGACUGGAGACACCAUUGACUUUAGGGGUCCAAAUGGAUUACUGGUAUACAAUGGAAAUGGGCAGUUUGCUAUUCGACCUGAUAAAAAAUCUGAACCCAAAGUGCGGAAGUUCAGACACGUGGGCAUGAUUGCUGGAGGAACAGGCAUCACUCCAAUGCUGCAGCUGAUCAGGAGUAUAACCGCAGAUCCUGCUGAUAACACCAAGUGCUCCCUUAUAUUUGCCAACCAGACUGAGAAGGACAUAUUGUUACGCAAAGAGCUGGAUGAAGUUCAUAGAAAUCACCCCGAUAAACUCAAUCUGUGGUGCACACUGGACAAGCCCUCUGAAGGGUGGAAAUACAGCAAAGGGUUUGUUGAUGCUGACAUGAUAAAAGACCAUCUCCCGCCUCCGGCCAGUGAUGUGCUCAUCGUGAUGUGUGGUCCACCCCCCAUGAUCCAGUACGCGUGUCUGCCAAACCUCGACAAGCUGGGCUACAAAAUAGAGAAUACUUUUGCAUACUAAUCUCCUGCCAAUGAUAUUGCACAAACAAAUUCUCUGAUAAUUUGUAAAAGGUGGUUUACAUCUUGUUAAACAUGUCAAAUUGUUGCCAGAUGUAGGUUUAAAAAUUGAUUUUUGUUAAACCCAUUUGGUUUUGUUUGUGGUAAAUUAUCUCAGGAAA